GCUUACAGCGUUUGGUGCGUUUUAACGGAAGAACCAGUGCCUAGCCUAACGAACCAAUCCAUUAACCAGAGCCCAUCAACCACGAACCACGAACACACAAACGAACAAACAAAAAACCAAUCCACAGCCAAGCUGAAUUAAACUAAAGGAUAUAAUCCAUGCGCAUGCGAUGCGAUUAUACAUAAAGCUCGUCUACAGACAUCAAAAGUUGUGCGUGCAAUGAGCCGUGAUUCGAAUGUGGCACGAUUUUAAUUAAAUCGCCAGUUAUUAAAAGAGUUGAAACAAAACAGUUGAAUUGCAUUCCAUUGAACGGGAAACCCGCAACAGGGACACACACACCCAUACGCACACCCACCGACGAGCAAACAGCGCGUUGCACGUUGCACGGUGCACGGUGCAAACUUGCAUCCACAUCCACAUCCAUAUUCAUAUUCAGUGCGCGCGAAAUUCUUUCCGUUGUUCCUGUUUCAGUGGCUGUCCUUGUCGUAUUGUUUAUGGAUUUGUCUGCUUUUGCCAUUCAUGAAUUCCUUCUACUCCAACACGUAGCAGCGGCAUCAACAGGUAACCCACUUGUGGAGAUGAAUGCGCGGCUAGCGGUCUAGAUUUAUUUGCUUUCGCUUGAUGUUCACGCAACAGACGCGUCUCGACUUGCCGCAUUAAACGGCAACGCAACCCGACAGCAGGACCUUUUCUGCUCUCUGGCCCGCAAAGGGAGAGCUAAACAAUUUUUAGAUAAGUCCGAAGUCCGAAGCUGAAAUAAAAAUAAACACCCUGAACAGAGAGUCAAGCGGGGAGCACAGGCGAAGGAUCAGCAGAAGGACGACAAUGCGUUCUCCGCGCAUUCUACCGCUGCUUUGGCUCUGGGCCUGUGCCUGGACCUGCCUGAGGCCGGCCACAGCCUAUCCAAACACACAGCAGCAGCAGCAGCAGCAGAAACAACAGCAACACCACCAGAAGCAUCAACAGCCGCUGGUCACCUAUUCGACCACCUCGACAACCUCAUCCAGCCAAAGGAAUGGUAGUGGCGGUGGCAGAGGAGGUGGCGGUGGCGGUGGCGGUGCGGUCUGGACCACUCCUCCAACCCGCCUUUGUAUAUGACGCGGCCAUGCCCCAGCAGUACGAAAAAGUGGUGACAUCCUCGACAUCCUAUUCGCAGCCGGAGACAGAGGCAUCGCCAUCAAAGAAAGUCAUCGGUUCCAGUGUGGCCCCAUCUGUUGGUGCAGUGGUGCUGGACGGCAACGAGCCGCAAUUCACUGACGCCGUGGGCCACAAGGUGCCAAAGCCGCAGCCCUCGCUGCAGGUGGCCAGUCCCAUAGAUCUUCUCAAUCCGGACCGCUAUGAGUUCUACACGUUCGACGAGCACGGCGAGCUGGUGAAGCGUCUGAUGACCAUGCAGGAAAUCCAGAGCAUUGUGGCCAACGGCGAUGGGGAGGGUCCAUCCAUCAUACACACGGCUCCGCCGCUGAGCGAGCCCCAUCCGGAGAAGAAUGUCCAGGACAUUGUGGACAGCGUGCAGAGUGUGCUGAACAAGGAGGUGGCCUCCAGCUCCGGCAAGAACAGUUCCAGCGAGAUGCUGCUGCCCCUGCUGGACACCCCCGAUGUGUCCUCCUCCUGGUCGCUUAUCCUGCCGGCCAUUUUCGGGAACACGGGCGGCGACCUCUUCCUGCAGCAGAAGCCGCAGCAGAUUGUGAUGACGCCCGAGUCAGAGCUGGUGGAGGCCUCCACCCAGGCGGCGGUGCCAUUGCCAUCCACCACGCGGGUCACCAAGAAGCCGAAGCCCGCCAAGCGGAAGCCGGGCAACAAGCGCAAGCCCCCCAGCCCCACCACAAGCACCACCGCAGUGACGCCGCAGGUGGUGCAGGAGGAGCUUGACCCCAUGGAGUCGGUGUACACGGGCAUGCAGCAGUACCAGCACGUGGCCGCCAACAUGCAGGACUUCGAUCUGCUGCACAUGCAGCCCAUCUACCAGAAGCAGCCCAGCACCACGGCCCAGCCGGAGACAACCACCCGCCGCGUGUUCUACAACAAUCAGGAGAUCAUCCACACGCCCACCUCCUCGAGCAGCGCGCCCUCAAGCACCGAGAAGAUAGUCGUCAACCACACGCUGGCCAAGAAACCACCAAACGUCCAGAGGAAGCCAUCGCAGCCACAUCGGGUGAAGAAGCCCGGCUCCAAUGCAGCGGCAGCAGAGGGAGGAAGUAGCACCAGCACCAGCACCUCUCCCCAGCCAAGCGGCGGCAAGCAAAAGGUGAAGAAGAAGACAACAACAACGACAACACCAGCACCAACAGCUGCACCUGCAUCCUCAACCGAGGCAGCGACUCCCGAGCCAGAAGUAAGCGCAGCAACGACCACAGUCCGGGCACCUGCCUCAACCACGCCCAAGCAGAAGAAGAAGCGCAAGCCCACACGUACGCCGGGCACGGGAACCACCGGCAGCAGUGGCAGCACUGGCAGCACCGCCGGAAGCAGCAGCAGCAAGCCAUCAAAGCCCAAACGAAAGCCAACCACAAGGCCCAAGCCAGCGCAGAUAGAGAUACAGGCGGGAGAAAUAACUUCACCACAGCAGGUGGUGACCCAGAAACCGACAAGGCCUCAGCGACCGAAAAAGAAGCCCAAACCUACACCAACAACGACAACAACAACGACAACCACUCCAGCUCCAGUGGCAGAAACAACAGUCACAUCAGCCGCAGAGGCAGAAAUCACGCCAUCGGAGCCAGCACCCACACAGCCACCAGCAGAGAUCUCAACCAGCACAAUGGCCAGCACUCCAGAGCCAGCGACAGAGCCAGCAACAGAGCCGUCGACGUCUACAACAACAACGACAGCAGCAGCAACGACAGCAGCAACAACAACAGCAGCAACAACAACAGCAGCUACAACGACAACGACAAACAAGCCGCCAGUGGUGCACAACCAGAAGCCGCAUGGAAAGCCCGGCAGCUCCACCAAGAGGCCACCAAAUCUUCACCACAAUCGCAUACACAGCAAGCCGGUGCAUACGACUUUGGCCACAACGACGGAGGCAACUAAGGCCGCCAGUUAUGGACUGGUCAAUGUAAUUGCAGCUCAGACCACAACCCACCACCCACCGGUGUAUCCCAUGCCCAGCUACGACGCAGAUGCAGCCCAAAACCUGUCCACUCUAUUCGCGGAUGUCUCGGAUCAUUCGCCGCUGAAGAAGACGCCGCUGCCCACGUUGGCGCAGCUGCAGCAGCAGAUGCACCAAAGCUCGCCCUCACCAGCACCACAAUUGUCGCCAGAUCAGAUGCUCUCGAUGGAUCAGAUUGUGCAGUCGCUGACACAAGACCUCUCCGCCGCCGCUGACAAGUCGGAUGGGGAUCUGGAUGGAGCGGGCAGCGUGCCAGCUCUGGUCCCAGUCAAAUACGAGAGUGCCGAGACCCAAGACCAGAUGGAGACGUUGGCCAACAAGAAGAAGGUAACAGUGACAAGCAGUACAACAACGACAACAACAACGACAACAACAACCACAACAACGACUCCCAGAACGACAACUACUGUGGGUACCACAAGAAAGCCACUCAUCGCUCACUAUGGAGGCAGCACCUUGGCCACCAUGCUCUCGGGAGAGGAGGAUACCAGCGAGGUUAAGCAGCCCACAGACACUGACUCCACAGAGUCUACAGUGGGAGACAAGGAGACGACCCUGAGCAGCCUGGAGGAGCAGCCGGAAGAGGAGACUCCUGUGGUGCUGAUCACGGCCAGACCGCAGUACUUCACUGUGACCCCGCAGCCAGUGCCCCUGAAGCCGUUUGUGCAGACAGAAAAGGCCACGGAGGAGCAGGAGGAGCCAGAGACCACAGAGCUGCCUGGAGAGACGCAGUUCCUGGUCACCACGCCCAUGGCAAGUCUGGACGAGAUCGAAGCCACCACCGACAAGCCCGCAGACGAGUCCCAGUCCGAGUCCGAUCAUGUGGUGAAGUUUGAGCCGCUCUUUGCGGAUGUGCCGGAGGCAAUUGUCACCGAGCUGAACGAGCCAAGCGAGCCAAGCUCCACAAAUGGCUAUAGCCAGCAGGCAGAAGAGGAGCAGGAGGUGCCCACCACAGAGCAGGCACUACGUCUGCCCGUCUCGGAAAGCAGCACGGUCGCCGACACCGAUGCGGACAGCACCGAGGUAACGCCCAUGAUAGCCGACCUGGUGCAGCAACUCAAUCUGGAGAUGCUGAUGCCAACGGACCAAAUAUCCAUGGCCAACUUCCAGACACAGGCGGCCACGGUGGCCUCCACCCUGGUAGAUGGCAGCAACACGCUCGUCUCUGAUGUGUUUAUGAACUCCAAUGAGACCAAGGACGAGCUCGAUUUCCUCAUGUCCGACGUCAUACAGCAGAUAACCCAAGGGGAUCAGUACAAGCCGCCAGCCAAGGUCCAGCCCGAGGAUGACUCCCAUCGGCAGACCAACUAUGCCCAGCUGAACACAUCUUUCCUGCUGCCGCCCAACGUGGAACCGGAGAAGCAGCACCAGCAACAGCAACAGCAUCAGGAGAGCACAACCAUCAAACAGGAAGCCACUUACCCGAACGACGCCUUUCCAGCAAGUCCCAUCCACGUGGAGACGAGCACGCACCGGAUCCCCAUCCUGUCGCUGUCCCAAAUUUAUGCACAGCAACAGCAGGACGAGGAUGAUGAGCAGCAACUGUUUACCAACGAACGACUAGACCAGCAGAGCCCGCAAGCGAAGCCAACUCAAGUGCCGUCCAAGCAGGAAACCAUUCCAAUUCCCAUCUCCAUACCCACUCCCAGCCCCGCUGUAGAGGCGCAGCCCCCAGCCACAACAGAGACUACAGAGGCAGCGUACACUGAAGCAGCCAUCACUGAGCUGCAGCAGUCCGAAGAGUUGAGCCAGGAGACCACGGCCAGCGAAGAGUCAACGACCAGCAGCAUUGGCGAGGGCUACACGGAGCGCACCGAAAGUGAAGAGCAAAUGCCCGAGAUGUUGACAAAUGGUUACAACGAGCAAAUUCAGAUGGAGACCAGCUCCAGCUCCAGCUCGAGCUCUAGCUCCAGCACCGGUCCGUCCGGCGAAGUCACAGAAUCCAUCUUCGCCACGGAAAAGACUGCAACGGAAGAGCCAUCAACGGACGCCACCACCACCGGCAGCAGCAGCCCUGUCACGGAAGCAGCCCUGUCAGAGGAGCAGACAACGGCGACAAAUGUUUACCUGGACUCAGAGGAUGCGGAGGAGCAAACAUCAACAUCGGAGCAGCAGCUGCAGACAGAGGAAGCACAAACAGCGGAACUGCCGGCCAGUGCAGAGGAGGACAGUGCCACCAACGCGGCCCAACUGUUGCCCCAAUAUACCGCACAGCCAGCGGAAGACCAAUCAGAGCAACAGCAGCAGGGUGAGGAGGAGCAGCAGGGGGAGGAGGAGCAGAAGGUGGUCACGGAAAUUCCCGGAGAUACGUCUGUGGUAUCAUCUGAGUCGGACAUGUCGCUCAGCUCCGAGCAGGUCACGGAAAGAAUCGAACUGAGCACAGUGAAGUCACAGCAACUGGACGACGAGUCAAUGGAGGAAAUAUCCGAUGAGCUGACAGCUACCAUUUCAGAGGAGCAGGAACAGGAGGCCUCACCAGAGACAGAGGCAGCGACAGGGACAGAGGCAGAGGCAGAGUCAGAGUCAGAGGCGGUGACAAGUGCACAGAAAUUGCAGCUUGACGACGAGGAUCCAUAUGUGAAGCUGGGCGAGACGACGGCCAGUGUGGUGAGGCCGCUGCCACAGCAGGACAAAAGUUCCGUAGAAGGAGACGCUGCGGAGCCGGAGGAAGACACCUACAGGGUGACUCUGCCCUUGGCCAGCUAUGGCAAUCCGCCGCCUGGAGAUCAGCCAGAUGAGGAGGAUGAGGAAGAUCAAGCGGGCUAUCAGAGCUCUACUAAAGCGUCCACUACGACCCUUGCUCCCACAACAGCCAGCACCACGAAGCGUUUAAAUACCUUGAAGCCGGUUUCCUACUACGUCCAGCCCUCACUCCUGACGGGCUACAACCAACUGGACAGCCAGCCACCAAAGGGCCUGCCCUACAAUGCCAACAAUGGGGGCCAGCCAUUACAGUCGCAGUCCCUAUCACAGUCGCAGCAACGACCGAUGCAGAGACCCGCCUCACUGACCAAUCUAAUGGCGAGCUCCACACAAGCAACCAGGCCGCCAGUGAAGCUGGAGCCGAGUCCCGAGUCAUCGCAGGGUCUGGAGGCAUCCACGGCGCACAUGGACGAGGACCUGCACUCCUUUGCGAAGCUCUGCAAUGAGCUGGCCUUCAGCUACUGGAAGGCCAUCACCUCGGAGAAGAUAAGCUCGGCGAGGAGUCUGGUCCUGUCGCCCUUCGCCCUGACCUCCAUGCUGUCGAUGGUGUUCCUGGGCGCACGCGGCAGCACCUCUGGCGAAAUGAACGAGAUCCUUAAGCUGGACGACAUGGUGACCUUCAAUCCGCAUCUGGUCUUCAAGAACAUAACCAGUUCGGUGGAGCAGGCGAUGGACAGCGAUAUAGCCACGGCCGCGUUUGUGCGGGAGAUCUUCAGCGAUCGCGCCAACGGCAAGAUCCUGCCCUUCUUCAAGGAGAAAACCCAGCAGCUGUACGCAGGCCAUGUGGAGGAGGUCAACUUCCAUGUGGUCAACGACAUUGUGAGACGGCGCACCAAUCUGCUCGUCAAGCGGCACACCAUGGGCAAGGUGCUGGAGUACCUGCGAACGAACAGCGUGUGGGUCAAUGGCCCUCUGGCCACCAUUUCGGCGAAUCUCUUCCAGACAGACUGCACCCACGGAUCGACGAGCGAGCGGGAUGGGGAGAUGUUCUUCCAGGUGCAUCCGACUGUGCGGCAGCGUCGCCUGGUGCCCAUCCCAGCGGUGCUGUAUCGGUCCGGCUUCACCGCUGGCUACGAGCCCCAGCUGGACGCCACCAUUGUGGCAUUCGGACGCAUCCAGGACACAGUGAGUACCAUCUACGUGAUGCCCGGUCACCAGAGCUCCAUAUCGCCCAUGGACAACCUGGACAGACUGGAGCGCAACCUGGUGGACAUGGCCUUUGGAGACACCCAGGCGUGGAGCAAGCUGCUCACCUCGCUGAUGGAUCGCCCUGGCAUGGAGGUGCAGCUGCCGCGCUUCUCGCACCGCUCCUUUGUGAAUGCUUCGCUGGGACUGCAGAAGAUGGGCCUCAAGGGUCUGUUCAAAUCGGACUUUGCCGAUCUGCGGGGACUGACUGGGGCCGGCAACAAGGACAUCUUCCUGUCCGACAUGAUACAGAUCAACACAUUCAGCACCUGCGGCGAGGAGAAGAUCUCCGAGCACCAUCACGUGGAGAUGUAUCCGGCCCCGCCGCUGCGCAAGCGAAACAAGGAUGUGGAGGCCAGCGAUGACGAUGCCUACGACUCCUCGGAGGCUGUGGUCGACUUUGGCUCGCUGGUGCAGGAGUCGGCUCUGGGACGCGGCUUCUACGACGAUCUGCUGGACCCGAAGUAUCUGGAGCUGCCGUUGCCGCUGCGUCCGCGCCAGGCGCGUGUUCCGGACGCGCCCCGGCUCCGCUUCGACAAGCCGUUCCUCUACUUCGUCCGCCACAAUCCGACGGGCAUGAUACUCUUCAUGGGCCGCUUCAAUCCGCGCCUGCUGCCAUGAGUGCACGCGCCGUUAAGUAAGCCAAAAUAGCGACUAUCAAUAUCAGUUUUCUUGUUGAAUCCGGGAAAGUGAGUUAGUGAAUUUAUAUUUUACUCGUAACUGCCUACUGAAAUGCCAACAAUUAGGCUAACAAUUAAUCAUUAAUGCCCCCCCUUGCUGUGCCUUAAUCCCGCGUCGUCUCCGAACCGAUCCGAUCCGAUCCGAUCCAACCCGAUACGAGAUUGAUGUGCAGCAAACGAUUGCGUUUGCCAUUCCCCCCACCCUCGAUUACUCAACAAAAUUGAUCAGAUAUCUUGAACUUACUUAAAUGCACUCUGCCCAAAUUCAUUUCCAGUUGCGGUCUAGGGUUAGAAUUUUAUCAUUUUAUCAUGCAUUCCGCGCAUAUUCGUAUUCUCUACCCACUGUACUCAUAUUUGAACAGCAAAAAAUACACUUUUUAUACCGAUGCUCGAUGCUCGCUCGGCAAUGCAAACGCAAAUGCAAUCAUGGAAUGCGUCAAUGUUUUGGCAACUGAACAAAUGUAAUUUAGUAAAAUAAACCGUACCAAUACGUAAACUAAAAGUUAUGUAUGCUAUUAUUUAAGCCUAAACGAAAAACUUUAAAUAAACAA